AUGUCGAGCUCCGGGAAAUGGCGCGAGGAGCAGAUCCUGAUCAUCUGCCCUGGCAGCCAGACGACCCUUGCGCAGCUCGGAUGCAGCGAGCUGACGCUGCCAGCACACCGCAUUCCAACGCGCAUGUUCAAGGAUGGCGAUGAAUGGCGUCCAUACCACACGUACAGCCGCACAAAGGUUGUCAAUGGCGUCAAAGAGGAGGAAUGGGUCGAGGAUGUCGACUCCAGCGAGGGCGCCGUGUAUCCCAUUCGCGCUGGCCAUAUUGUGCACAUGGAUGCCUUUCUUGCCUUCCUCGACCACGUCCAUGGCCUGCUCACUACGACAUACCACAAUACUCCCAUCUUGCUGAUGGCGUCGCCGCAAUGGACACGGCCCGACGCUGAGGCCAUUGCGCGGUACAUCUUCGAGAAGACGAGAACGCCCGCCCUCUGCAUAAUUCAUAGCGGCAUUGCCACCCAAUACGGACUUAAAUGGCCUAACAUGACGGUCGUUGAUAUUGGGUUUCAAAAGGUUGACGUUACUGCCAUUCACGACGGCCGUGUCGUCAACCACAUCGACGUUGGGGCCUCUGUAGCAGAUGACCAGCUCUCUGGAGGUGACGUAUUCACGCAAAGACUCAAGACACUGCUGGCAUCCAAGAACUUCACAUACGACAUGGCUGAGCAAUUGAAGAAGAGUACAAUUUGCGAAGUCUUACCAUAUGUCGCAACGGCAGACAAGCUCUUUGAACUUCCCGUCGCAAGCUCGUCUGGCGCGCCCCCAAGUGCUCCUCAGGCUACUAAGCCUCUCGCCCCCGUUGCUGAUCCCGAGGCUUCCAAGCCCGACGCUGCUGCAAAUGAAGAGGAAGGUGGCGACGACAACAAAGCUGAAGAUGAUGGCAUUUUGGAUGUGGCUGCUAUUGUUACAAGUGGCCAAACAAAAGAGUUUCUUGCGCGCAAAGAAAAGGAAAAGGCCAAACCAGGAAGGAAGCCGAAGGCGCAGCAAGAGGAAGCGCCCGCUAGACCUGCGCGUCUUCCGAACAGCAAGAGAACCCACAACACAUUUUUUUACGAAGAGAUUAUCCAGGAAUUGGUCGUACCUGAGCCUGAGCAGUCUCUGAAGGAGGCGACCAAAGAGAAUGGGGAUGCUGGCGCUGAGCAGAAGCCUGCCGAGGGCACCGCGACAGCAGACCCCGCGGCGCCCGCUGUUACUACAGCAGAGACUGGCGCUGCCCCUGACGUCGCUAUGACAGAUGGUGCAGCACCGAUUGAGGUGAAGGAGGAGCCUAAGCCAGAAGAGCCCCAGGUCGUGGCCACGAAUGGAAAUGCCCCUAAGCCUGGCGAGGACUCGGCGCUCAAGGACUCCAAGAAUGACACGCCCACAUACAGGCCAAAGCGUGUCAAGAAGGAUAUCGAAGUCGGUCUGGAGCGGUUCACAUUUGCUGAUCGCUCAGAGAUUGACCGUAUAGUCACGGCCAUAUACCGUACAGUCCAAGGCAUCGACGACAUGUAUAUGCGCCCGCCUUGUUGGGACAACAUUGUCUUCGUGGGCAAUGGUUCGCGCCUACGCGGACUCAAGGAGAACAUUCUGGCCACCCUCAAUGCCAGACACAUUGUUUCUCCUUCUACGGCGACCAUGUUCACCUCUGAGCUGCCCUCCAAUAUGGCCACCCCCACGGGUACCGGCGCCCAAACUCCCACGAGCUCAUUUGGCGGCGCUCCGCACCAGCUGCAAUCUGGCGGUGUCAACCCGCUGCUCCAAGCUGCCACCACGGCAAGCCUGAACCAGCAGCAAAGUCUGGGCACGCCGCAGGCCGGCUCAGAGGCCGCGGGGCCCGCCAGCCACCACUUCCACAGUCAGACGCCCACGUCAAUCAAGCUCGCCGCCAUGCCCAACUAUCUCAGCGAGUGGACUAAGGCGGGCUUCGAGGAGUCUAUGUUUCUCGGCGCGCAGGUUGCUGCUCGAAUUGCCUUUUGCCUGCACUCCAACAUGGACACGCAGUCUGUCGAGGCGCAACGCAUGAUGAGUCUAAGCCGCGUCGACUAUAACGAACUCGGCCCCAAGGGUAUUCGCACACACUCUAUGCUCGGCUAG